GCUAUGUCCAAAUUCCAAAAUCACUAUCCCCGAGGUGUUCUCCUCUCUAUAACAACCGCCGCUCAUUUUCCGAUUCUCAAUCAGUAGCUCCUCCGAUGCUCGACGUUUAACUCCGACUCCGACGAAGAUUCCGACGAAGACUAUGGAAGUCUGUUAUCACUCAAAAUUCAACAAUUUUCACUUUUUUCAAUCGCCUCCGCUCCAUUUCUGGAAGAAGGAAGGAAAGUUAUCGCUGUCGCUAUCGCCAUCUAUGCAUCCACAAUUGACUGCUGGCCAUGGAAACUACUCCUGUUGCUCGUCUUUAAGGCAAUCAGUCUGGAGAAAUACAAAAUUUUACGCCGUCCCAGGCAGUUCAACUUUUGGCACAAGUAGGGUAGCAUGUGUCUCCCUUCACUCUUCCCCCCAACAAAAGAAGUAUAAUAGCAGUUUUGGAAAUAAUAGCUUUUAUAGACAACAUAGAUCAUUGAGACACAUUAUUGCAAGGUCCGAACUUGCUAAUACCAGCUCAGCUGGUGCUGCUUAUCCACUAUCAGAACUAGAGUUGAGAUCAAAAGUAAGAGCGAUUUGCUUUUACGCUGUCAGUGCUUUCUCUGCCAUCUUUUUGUUCGUGAUCAUGCUUGUGCAACAUCCUUUUGUACUGUUAUUUGAUCGAUACCAUAGGAAGGCUCACCAUCUUGUUGCCAGGACAUGGGCAACCUUGACCAUUACUCCAUUUUAUAGAGUCGAGUUUGAGGGCUUGGAGAAUCUUCCUUCUCCAGAUACUCCUGCAGUAUAUGUGUCCAACCAUCAGAGCUUUCUGGACAUAUAUACAUUACUUACUCUUGGGAGGAACUUCAAGUUCAUCAGCAAGACUGCAAUUUUCCUAAUUCCUAUUAUUGGAUGGGCCAUGUAUCUGAUGGGUCUGAUUCCAUUAAGGCGCAUGGACAGCAGAAGUCAAUUGGAAUGUCUCAAGCGUUGCAUGGAUUUAGUCAAGAAGGGGGCAUCCGUCUUUUUCUUCCCCGAGGGUACUCGGAGUAAAGAUGGAAAGUUAGGCCCUUUCAAGAAAGGUGCCUUUAGCGUUGCUGCCAAAACCGGAGUGCCUGUGGUUCCAAUUACUAUUAGUGGAACAGGCAGGAUAAUGCCAGCAGGGCUGGAGGGUAGAGUACAUCCAGGAUCAGUUAAAGUUGUCAUCCACAAGCCUUUAAAAGGUAAUGAUUCAGAUGUACUAUGUAGUGAAGCCAGGAAUGUGAUAAAGGAUGUGCUCGUACAUCAAGGCUGAGGGAUCUGUUCAACAUGUACUUUCUAGUUCAUCUUUUUCACCAAAGCAUCGCAAGUUAGGAUUCAGGGAAUAUGUGCAUACAGAACUUUGUCACAUCACGAGCAGUUUCAUUCAGGCUAAAGGAUAUAAACCUAGUUGUGCAUACUCUCUUAUGCCUGGAUGAUAUUUGUAUCAAUCAACUGAGUGAUCUAUCUAUUCAGACUUCAUCCAAAAAACAAAAAAAAAAAGAGAAGAAAGAGAUCCAUUAGAGUUAAAAGGUGAACAUUGGCUUUGUCCUCUUUUGUUGGAAUUGGCAGCAGGCUCUUCCCAAUUAUCAUUUACAUCAGAAGGGUGCCUUUUGUGCCAUUACUCAAUUGUAUAGGGCUCUACUAAUAUUGUUCAUCCGAGUUUCUGUUCUGUGCACUGAUGUUGCAAGUAAGCGCUUUGACUUUGUGUAUGCUUGUUUAGACAUCUCAACUUGUCUUUACUGUGUCAGUUGGACACUCCAACUUACAAAUGAUCAUCUAGACACUUUUCAAAA